AUUAAUUCAGCUUCCCAUUUCCUAUGUAUUCAUCCUUGUAUAAAGACUUUAAACUCCUCUUACAUACACACAAUCAGGGACCAGGUCAGCACAUGUACUGAAAACUUUCAUGAAGGUGGCAAGUAUAAAAUAUCUUGAAAGUAAAAGGAAAGUGAUAACUACUUAAAAAUAACAUGUUAGUAAUUACACAUUCAGUGAUUUGUCUUUCACUUCACAGAUGUCAAUAUCAAACAUUAUUUUCAGAUUUUUCAGUUAGAAGAAGGUUUUAAGGAUUUUUCACGGCAAAUCUCUGUUUCAGCCUGACUUUGUGAAAUGGAAAAUGCCACUAUAAUGUUUCACUUUAACCUCACCAUGUAUGUGAACAUAGGGUCUUACCGCUAUCCAGCGUUUGUUCUGUGCUUUCUGCUGUUUGCUUUUAUUGUCUGUGCUAAUCUUGUUAUAAUACUAGUAAUAUCACGUGAGAAAACACUUCAUGAGCCCAUGUAUAUUUUUAUUACAUUUUUGUCUGUCAAUGCUUUGUAUGGUUCCACUGGCUUCUUCCCCAGAUUCCUCAUGGACCUUCUGUCCGAUUCUCAUUUAAUUUCAGGUCCUGCUUGUUUCACUCAGAUCUAUAUUAUUUACACAUAUGCUUCCUAUGAAAUGACCAUCCUGGGUAUUAUGGCGUAUGAUAGAUAUGUUGCUGUAUGUGAUCCUUUACACUAUCACAGCAAGGUGACCCCUAAGAAAGUCCGUAUGUUGGCAGGCUUUGCUUGGAUCUGUCCAGCCUUUUCUAUUGCGCUGUGUCUUGGUUUAGUCAUUAGGCUUCCUCUGUGUGGCAACAAGAUCCUAAAAGUAUACUGUGCAAUCUGGAAUAUUGCUAAAUUGUCGUGUGUUUCCACUUUUAUCAACAAUAUUGUUGGCUUGCUUGUAACCACAAUUACAGUAAUCCUGCCCCUGAUCUAUGUCUUGUAUACUUACUUAAGAAUAAUUCUUGUGUGCAGAAAAAGCUCAUCUGAAUUCAAGAGCAAAGUGUUCCAAACCUGCUUACCUCAUACUAUUUCAUUUGUCACUUAUUCCUUCAGUGUAUUUUGUGAUAUUGCCUUAAGUCGUUUUAAUGUUGAAAAUCUAAACCCAUUUUUUGCUGUAAUUUUAUCAUUGGAGUUUGUAAUGAUACCUCCACUUCUAAACCCUCUUUUGUAUGGUCUGAAAUUACCAGAAAUAAGAAGGCACAUUUUCAGGACAUUUUUUAAUUUAAAAACACUCCCCUAA